CAGUUUCACCAUCAAUUCAGUUUGCAGGAAAUAGUAUUUUUCUGUCAGGACAGCAGUGUGCUCUUCUAUUUUUCACCUCGUGACCGGAGUCAACGAAAAGCAACAGUUGGCGGAGCUUCAGAGCGACGAGGAAAUAACUAUGCCCGAGUAUUGUUGUGACAAGAACGUGUAGCUCGCGUGGAAAGAGAGAGAGCGAAAGAGAGAGAGAGAGCAAAUCGGAAAUCGCACAUGCGUAAGAUUGGACGAUAUAGAGCACCAGAAGAAGACAGUCGCGCUUAAACGGCGCCCAGCGUCAGACGUGUUAGUGCGUUGUCAGAGACAGUCGAUCAUCCAAUCUAUCCAAGGAACAGUUGCCUUUUCACCAGAAGAAUCUUAAAACGAAGAUCCAGUUAGAGCGAAAAAGAAAUUAUUGUCAUUUAUGGGCGGAUAAAUCUUUGCUUGGGGUUACUAACGAUGGGAAUCAGGGAUGGUGCUUUGAACUUUCUUCGUGAAGUUUUACACCACUUUUACAUUUUGUGACAUAGGAGAACGCUUUUGAGGAUUAUCGAAGUAUCUCUUCGGAACUUCUAUGUGGAAUGAAACGACGAUUCUGAUAAAUUUUGGAUCCAUCGAAGGAGUGUUAAUAUAUCUUUUGCCAGCUUCUUUUGCAUUCCGCCGAGCAGCUUUCGGGUACGGAGAGUAGAACACGAGUACGGUGUGCUGAUUCAAAGGGCAAACGGAAUAAGACGCAGCUGGUAAAAUGAAUGGCUACGAGAACGUAGACUUUAACAAACCUGUGAGCCUCAGCGAUCAGAAACGAACCCUGAAAAUGAAAGCUGACCAGUGCCAUAAGGGUAACAUUUUAUCGUCUGGCUGGUGCCCGGAAGUUUGGGAUGAGAUAUUGUGCUGGCAAUCAACUGCACCUGGGGAGUUGGCCAUCCUGCCCUGUCCAUCUUAUAUCACUGGGUUUGAUGUCCAGGCGAAUGCAUCCAGGGAAUGCAUGUCAGAUGGCCAGUGGUUUUGGAAUAGUAGUACCAAUAGUACUUGGAGCAACUACAGUCAAUGCUAUAGAAAUUCAUUGGUGACUAUUGUAAUGACACUGCCCGAUAGUCAAAAGAACAACGGCACUCUUAUUAAAAAAUUUUUUCCGAUGGUAAAGACCAUCUCGAAAGUCGGUUAUACAGUCUCUCUCUUCACUCUGGUGAUAGCUUUCUUAAUUUUGGUUGUGAUCAAUUUAUCCCAAAUUGGACGUAGGAAAUUGAGGUGCCCCCGGAAUAUGCUGCACAUGCAUUUGUUCGCCUCGUUCAUGCUCCGCGCGUUUAUGGCGCUGAUGAAGGACGUACUGUUCGUCUCUGGAAUGGCCUUAGCUUCAGAUGUUAUGAUAAAAAAUGGAAACACAUAUUGGCUAGUGGACGAGAAAGAAAACAGCUGGCUGUGCAAGGUGUUCACCAGCUUCUGGCAAUACUUCAUCCUUGCAAACUACUUUUGGAUAUUAAUGGAGGGUCUCUACUUGCACAACUUAGUCUUUCUAGCACUCUUCACCGAUAUAAACUCAAGCAUCAUUGGCUACGUUUGCCUCGGAUGGGGUCUCCCAGCUGUAUUCGUAUCGUGCUGGAUAGUGGCGAGACUGACUCUUGAUAACAAGUACUGCUGGACCACUCAUGAAAAUUCCAACCUCUUCCUCCUCAUUCGAGUUCCGACUAUGCUGUCGAUUCUGAUCAAUUUUGGACUGUUCGUCAAUAUCGUUAGAGUGCUCCUGUUGAAGCUCAAGUCCACAGUAUCGGAGGAGACGCAAAGAUACAAAAGGUGGGCGAAAAGUACAUUGGUCCUGGUGCCACUUUUUGGAGUACAUUAUACCGUUUUCUUAGGCAUGUCGUAUAGUAUCGGUGUAGAUGAGACUGUUGAAGUUGUGUGGCUCUUCUGCGACCAACUGUUCGCUUCUUUUCAGGGUUUUUUCGUGGCCGUUUUGUAUUGUUUCCUGAACGGUGAGGUACGAACCGAGGUAACCAAGGCGAUCAGGAGCCAGAAAUUGCCUCGUUUUCGCACUAGGUGGAACUCAAGACCAUCCACCCACUCUAGCAGCACGUGCAGCUGCAAUGCAUCGAAACUUGAUAGACGGUCAAAGCGGCCACGUUGGUGGAAAGAACCUUGGCUCUGUUUUCUUCGCGACAGGACAGCUCGACGCUCAACCCACUCGAUGGCGAGUACACAAGAUAUUGGUACGCGAGGAGGUAGUUUAGCGAGCAGUAGAGGUUACUUGGAAAUCGCAGGGAACGGACAGAGCGCAUAUCCGGGAAAUCAGGAUCAACAGGCGAAUCACACGUCACCCCUCUACAGUAAAUACACGGAUCAAUCGCUACUUUCCUUUUGCUCGAACGUUUCGGAAGUAACACCUUGCACAGGGCUCAAUGCAGAUAGAAUUCGAGAGCAGCAUUGUUGGAGUGAUUCAGAGUGUUGUCAUCUCGCCUAUGAGCUACACAAUUUACAUCAUGGGCUCUCAUAAAACCCGUAAUCAGAUUUAAAUCAGUUUACUACUAAGACUCUGCGUGCAAACAGCUAAUAAAAGUAAUGAGAAAAUUUGUUCAGCGAAAGGACGUGUACUAUACACGAUUAUUAUAAAACAUAUGAAGACUGUAAAUCCAUCAACGGUCCGCCAAAACUGUUUUAAUCAUAACGCUGCUAAAAAGUCUUGAAUAAUUCAACAUCCACGUUUCUUCUACUGCUUUUUUAUUACUCUAUAUUUUUUAUAAUGAAAUUGCCAAAACGAGGGAAGCUGGACAUACAAAUUUUCUAUAUUUGUAGAUGUUAUACUAUUGAAACAAAAUCUUUUUACCAAGAAAUAGUAAACUUCUAUGUUUUUAAUACAAUUAUAACGUAUAAUAUUUGCAUUAUAAUUGUUAUACAAAAGUUUCUAAAGGAUUUUAUUGAGUUUUACUAUAGAGUGAUUUACGAAACAAUUUAAUUGACAAGUAUUAUCACCGUAGGGUAAUUAAUACAAUUUAACGCUGAACUGUAACAGUGAUAAAUUGCUUGCCAGUAUUUCUAUGGCCAUUUUACUUUAAAUUGCCAACUGUAAGAUUAAACACACGCGUUUAUUCUUUACAGAAAUUCUUAUGUUCUAGAUCUACGAACUGCAUCAAGUUACGUUAAGUCUAACUGUAAGUGCGUGUGAAAUUAUAAUAAUUUAAACUAGAUAUACAUGUCGCUCAGAAAGUUCGUUCCGAUUUUUAAAGAAAAUUCAAAUGCAGCACAUUUAAAUUUGGAUAUACAUUUAUUGAAUUAUAUAGAUGCCAUUUUGUUCCACAACCUUUCUCUAUCUUUCACGCAACUUGAAUAUUGCAUUCUUCCAAAACUUUUCAAGUUUUUCGGCGGAAAACUUUUCAAUGUGGUUUUUUACGUCGACCAAAGAGUUAAAACCUUUGCCACUGUUUAUUAUUGAGACAUGACAUAAUAGAAUGGUCAUUUUCGUAUUGGCAAAGAAUUCGUUCUACCAGAAUAACACGGAUUCCCUUGCAGUUGUACGUUAUCCAUGUGGGACAAGUUGUAAUUGAAUCCGUGUCCAAUGAGUCCUUUUUAUCGUUUAUCACUUUGCAAGAAUAAAUGUUCAUGACAUUUGUGUUAGUGCUGUAUAUUAUAAAAAUAAAAAAGAAUAAGUGUUUCUAUACGUAUGUGUCGGCGGAUAUUUAUUAUAUGACUAGAAAAUAAGAAACUAUUGGCUAAUAAAUCUAUCUUUCCUCGUUUAACGUUGCACUGUGGAUAUACUGAUAAUAAAUUAAUAAUGACAAAUGCUUUUCAAGACUUUUCAGCAGCUAUUUUUCUAUAUAAUAAUAUAUCCCAGAUUCUUUAAAACUGUGAACUGGAGAUUUUAAACUUAAAGACAUACGUUUAUUUUUUUAUACAUGAUCUUCUAUCCUUUGACCUGUAGAUGUUAUAUACACUGCAUCAGGAUCUGUUGAACCCGACUGUAAACGGAUAUAGAUAUAUAAUAAUUUGAGUUGGAUAUACAUAUGUAUUAGCUUUAUAUAUCGUACAUCCCUCUUCAAUUAUUUUUUCGUGUAGUCUACGAGCAAAGUGAACGACCGUUAGUCUGUAAAUAUCGCAUUAUCUCUAGAACUACCAUCCACUAAUGGUUUUGCGAAAAAUACAAAACAUAUGUUUGACAGAAUUACUCUUGAUUCUUAUCAGGAUAAAAAGAUUAAGAAAAUAGUUCAGAUUGGUAGUACUAGUGUCAGCAAAGAAUUCAUUUGACCAGGGGUUACGUGGAUUUCCUGAGACUUGUAUUUUGCUAAUAUGGAACGGAUUGAAAUCGAAUGAUGUCCAUAUCGGUUCCUAAUGUGUCUGGAUUAACUGUCAAUAUGUAGUUCUUUGUCGUUUAUCACUUUGUACAUAGGAUAUGUGAAUAAUUGUCAGUGACGUGUGUAUUUAUGAUGUACAAUUGCAAGCAAAUGUAUGUUUUUAUUCUUGUGUAUACUUGUAUGUGUGUUCGGGUUGUUAUUUCUUGCAAUGAAUUAAGUUUACGAACGCGAGGAGAUCGGUUGAAAAUUUUCCACGUGCUUUAUUGCCUAUCUGUAUUCCAAAUCUAAUCAAUAUCCGUUAUCACGUUCUAGACUGUUCAUAAUUAAACAUAGAUAUAUGGAGACAUUCCGAUUAACGAGGGUUACGUGGAAUUUUUUCGAUGUCAAUUUCAUUGUCAAUUAUUGGUUUCCUUUCUUAUUCGCUGUUAUUGUUUUACUAGGAAGAUUCGUUGGGAAAAUAUUAUUGAACGAACAUAUCAAUAUUACGAAUGAAUCAUAAUUAGUAAAUCAGUGUAGUAGCUGGAAUUUAAAAUGAAGGCUUGAUAAACAGAUUCAGUACUUUGAUAUGUAAAUUUUUUAAAUACAUGAAAUAUUUCAGUAUAUGAGAGCAUCUCAGAUACAACAUUUUCUCUGAUUAAAUCAUGGAAAAGUACUAUUUCUGUUAAAAAGUACAAAUGCGUAAUUGCAUUGGAUUGUACCAUAUUUAGAAACAUUUAUACUACCUUUUGUCUCAACAGCUUUCUAUUUUAGAGAUCAAGUCCAAGCUGUUAUAUAUGUAUAUUCGAUGUAAAAGUUCAUAACUGAUUGAAAUAAUGUGGAAAAUAUGUA